GUCAUUCAGAGGUACAGCUGGCACAGACCGAUUGUUAUAUCCUGCGGAGACCACGGAGGGGACACGAGGGGCCGGGGUCCAGAAGUGCAGAUCUUCUCUCACCAGCUGGCUCAGCCGUGUCACUUGCCUGGGGAUGAGACCUGUGUAAUAUCGUCGGCUGUGAGAAACGUGGCCCCGUGUUUUCCUUGACCUUUCUUCACCUUGAAGAAGCGUAAAAUGGAUCAGGGUUUUUAACUCCCCACCUCCUCAGCCUUGGGACAGUGAGAAAAGUUCAGUGGUGCUUACGGUGGGAGUGAAGGGACUGGGGCCGGUUCAAGCAGGCUUACAUAUUAAACCGUCGUAUCAAACGCAAGCCACGGUCUGACAAGAAAUGUAACCCGAGGAGAAAGGACACCAGUGCGUUUGAGCAGGCUGAGGGAUUCUUGCAUGACCUGUCACUCUUUCAGUGCCGUAGCCUGAGCAGGUCUUACUGGUUUUUGCCGAAGUGGUGGGAGCUGAAUGGGGUGUGGGUUCAUUUCUAUUCAUCCUCAGACGUCUCUGCAAUCUUCUCUUCUCUUUUUUAAUUUCCCCCUGGAUAUAAAUCAGAGAAAUUGUGUCCAUCAAGUUUGCUGCCACCUGAGCUCAACCCAGCUGAAUCAAUUUUGGAGGAUACCCUUGCUGCAAUCCUCUGGAUGUGCUCCUAGGAGAAGAAGAAGCUAAACCAAUUUGGCAUUGUUACUGUAGUUUGAGGAAAAACAUUUCUUCUGACUUUGGAGAGAGCUACAAGAAGGAUCUAUAUGAUGUCCUGAUCUCCCUCCAUUUUCCCUGCUGAGCAUGGGGUAACAGUGUGUGACCAUGGUGGUCACUCAGUUACAAUUGGAACUGUGCUUCCACGGCAAGAAACUGAGAGGUUUCACCUGCAAGUUGACCAGAUCAGCCAGUGGAUUUCUCCCAGAGACUUCAUUCUCCAUUGCCUCCCAGAUUUUCGUGCCAUUCCUUCUGGCUGGCUUGGGAAUGGUAGCUGCUGGCCUCUUGAUGGAUGUUGUUCAACACUGGGAUGUGUUUCGGACAAUUACUGAAGUGUUUAUCCUGGUUCCUGCCUUGGUUGGCCUGAAGGGCAAUCUGGAGAUGACACUGGCAUCCAGGCUCUCUACUGCUGCUAACACUGGACAGAUGGAUGAUGCCCAGAAGCAAUGGAAAAUGGCCACCUGCAAUUUAGCCCUUAUCCAGGUCCAGGCCACUGUGGUGGGACUACUGGCUGCUGUUGCUGCUGUGAUCCUGGGGGCCAUCUCUAAGGGCUCUGUGGAGCUGAGCCAGGCUGCUGUGCUGUGUGCCAGCAGCGUGACCACGGCCUUCAUAGCUGCACUGUCACUUGGUCUGGUGAUGAUUGGUGUGAUCAUCGGAGCAAGGAAAGUUGGGAUCAAUCCAGACAAUGUUGCCACACCCAUAGCAGCAAGCCUUGGAGACUUGAUAACCCUUUCCCUGCUGGCGGGAAUCAGCAGUACACUCUUCAAAUACAUAGAUGUGAAAUACCUUUCUCCUCUGAUCUGUGCUGUCUUCAUUGUCAUGAUCCCUCUCUGGGUUGCUAUUGCCAAGCAAAACCCUUCUCUUGCUGAAGUCCUGAAAUCUGGAUGGCAGCCGGUUAUUGUUGCAAUGAGCAUCAGCAGCAUUGGUGGGCUCAUCCUGGACAAAACUGUAACUGACCCAAACUUUGAAGGCAUGGCAGUUUUCACACCUGUGAUUAAUGGUGUUGGAGGGAAUCUGGUCGCCAUCCAGGCCAGCCGAAUUUCUACAUUCCUGCACUUCUGGAGCAUGCCUGGAGUUUUGCCAUACAAGAUGAGGCAGAAUUGGCCCAACCCAUGCACCACAUUCUUCUCAUCAGAGGUGAAUUCCAAGUCAGCCCGGGUCCUGUUCCUCCUGGUUAUCCCAGGUCACCUCGUGUUCCUCUACACCAUCCAUCUGCUGCAAGGAGGCCACACAUCUCUGUCCUUCACCUUUGUGAUGUUCUAUCUGACUGCUGCUUUGCUGCAGGUGGGAAUCCUGCUCUACGUGGCUGACCUAAUUGUGCGUCUGAUGUGGAGGAAGGCUCUGGAUCCGGAUAAUUUCUCCAUCCCCUACCUCACUGCCCUGGGGGAUCUCCUGGGCACUGGAUUCCUGGCCAUCUGUUUCCGCCUGGUUUGGCUCAUCCAUGGUGCAGACAUGAACCCGGGGAACUGAGAGACCACGCGCAGAUCCACAUCCCUCAUGCGAUACGGUGCUUUCCUCUGGGACAACGGGGUACUUGGCGAUGACUGCUGGGUCACCCAGCUGGAUUGGGCCUCCCCUGACACCUCCCCUCCCCAUUGUGCCUUACAGCUGGGCUUGCCCGCCCUGAGGAAUCAGCACCCACAGACUUGUACCCUGGCAAGUGAGCGAGCCGGUUUUAAGAAGUGCCCGCUGCUCACACCUGCACCCAGCAAACAAGGGGCUAAGGAGCAUUUGGGCCAUUGGUAAUGAAUGAGCAUUUUGGUCGGUGGUUUCAGUCCACCUACACAGCCCUGAGGCUGCUCCAAAGCCUGCCGAGGUCACUGCACCUGAUCCUCCAGGUGGAUGUUGCAGCCCCUCCGUGUGUAACUCUGACUUUCUCUCAAGGGAAAUUCUUUAUUCACCCCCCUUUCCUUCUGCUGAAUCCCUGGAGGAGGAGAGCAACUAGGUCUUUAAACUUGUCUCCUCUCCAUGGCUCAUCAGACGCUCAGGAUCUGAGGCAGUGAGCUGCUGGCUCACGCCCAGCAGGAGGUUAUGUAGGGAUACCACCUACCUGCCCUGGCAGCAUCACUGGUGUCUGACCGACAAGCUGGUUUGAUUGCAUUUUGGGGGUAGGAAGGUUUGUUUUUACGGUUUAUGAAAUACCCAGUAGUUAAAAUGUUUAUAGAAACACACAUAUAAAUAAAGUGGGUAAAAAAAAAAAA